GGACAAGAGGUCGAAACUGAGGUCCCUAGGGCAGCAGAGGCCGGCUUAUAUACAUGGGGAGAUAAGGGCAGGCUGUGCGCGCUGGUCCGUGCGCAGCUGGUCCGUGCACAGCUGGUCCGUGCGCAGCUGGUCCGUGCGCAGCUGGUCCGUGCGCAGCAUGCUGACGCGGCCCCGGGGGCCGUAGAUAGUGAUGCGUCCAUAUCGGGUAUGUCUGAGAAGCUGCGUAUUGGCUCUGCCCAGAAGCUGGUGCAAGAGGCACAAAAGGUUGUCAGCACAAGUGGUGGCUCCCCUGGGUGGCUCGGAAGAUCUCCUCUCAAAGAUGCCAGACUAGCUUUACGCACCAAUCAAGCUACAUCUCACGCUGCUUCACCCAACAAUGUCCACCACCAUCUUCCCGAGGGCCGCAACGACAGUGAGCCGAAACACAGCAAGCGGCCACCCUCCCCCCUCAAAGAGCCCCCCGCACGCACAGAACGCAAUCUCAAGAAGCCUAGACACGAUGGCGAGCGUGUUGAGAAUCGGUUUCCACUCCCGCGGCCUCUCUCCCCCUCGCCGCGUCGCGUUCAUGCACCCUCAGUCUUCAAACGUUCGCAGUCCGUCCCUGUCUUUUCCCCAAUGCCACACAUCGACUUGAGCCAAGUACCGCGUUCGCCGACAAGGCCUACUGUCUGUCUACGCAUCGACAGUGAAGACUACCACGACCCCAUCACGACGACUGCAGGACCUAUCACUCCUGCUAGAACCUCUGUGGAAUCUGCUCUGCUCUCAAUGUCACCCCUGACACCAGUUCCUGUCACCCCUGGUGCGCCGCUGCAGCACACCAGCAGCGCGGACCAGCCCGCGGUCGCACGGGUCCCCAAUCACGAUGUGCCGCCAUCGAACGGUGAGUCUGCCAUCGCCGCCGCGUCCUCUCCACAGAAAUAUGCACAAAAAGCCGUCAGCCGCCUGCCCCGCCUGACCACGAAACUCGCUCUGUCAUCGGCAGUAGAAGAGUCCACGAAGAAGACGACCGCAGCAAAAGGCAAGAAGCGUGCCCCGCCUCCUGCAGUUAGUCAGCGCAUCACGCGCUCGGUGUCAUCGAAGACUAUGUCGCAGACGUCACUGGCCGUGCAUCUGAGGAAUGUCGGAACACCCUCUCGUGUGAUUAGCAAUACCGUGUCUUCAAACUCAAGUUCGACGCCCGCUGCGACCACCUCGACAUCCUCAAAUACCCUUCCGAGCGCUCAACGCACGCAAACGACUCUCUUCUCAUUUGCGCGGCCCACUGCCAGUUCCAGCGCGAAGGCAAAUGCGCCGUCGCCGCACAAGAUGCGCAUCGCGCCACUCCCGCCUGCACCCAAAACCGAACGCACGUCGUCACUCAACUCAUCGUUGUCGUCGCUCUCGAGUGCGCUACAGCGACUGAACAUGCCGCCCCCCUCACGAUCGAGCACGAGCAUGGGGUUCAAUCGCGAAGCAUCAGUGCCUGCGGACAUGGGCGCGCGUAGCCGUGAUGACGGGGACAUUCUGUCUGCCGCUGGUGCUGUGCAGGAAACACUGCGCACUCCUACGCUACAGAAGGCAGCCACGGUAGGCAAUCUGUCGAGAAUGCUCUCGGGCACACGACAGUCCACCCUGAUGCUCCCGCCACCUGCGCCAUCUGGGACUGCCGGCAAGCCCAAGGGCCUCGCGUUCGGCAUUAAUGCGACGAGCGCACAAGCAUCGCACAGGCGGAUGUUCUCGGUGGGUGCAUUCCACGGGAGUGCAUUUGGCGGGAGUCGCGUGACGCACAAGGCGAGCAAGAAGACGAGCCUGCCGAGCGUCGAGGGCAGCCCUGUGAAAGGAGGGUCGGCUCCGUCGACAAGCCAGGCCGCUGUCCACGAGGAGGACGAGGCGAUGGCCGGCCCCAGCUCAAGUGACGAGCACAAUACAUUGACUGUUAUUGAAUUUGAAGCAGGGCCAGGAGGCCCCAAUGCACCACCAGGAAGCGAGCAGCCACUCCGAUCGCGGGACGACUCGCGGCGGGCAUCUCUAGCGUCACAUCUGCUUUCGCAGUUGCUCACGCCGCACCCUCAGACACCUGACGCACAGCCAUCUGUCCCCGCCCCCGCGACCGCACCCGGACACAGUCAUGUACUGCGCACGACGAGUACGAGCCAUCUCGCGCGUACUGCCCCUGUGCCAACGCGGACAACUAGCAUCGGCGCGCGGGUGUCCGGGCGGCGCGCAGCGAGCAUGGCCCCUGAAUCCCCGCAAGACAGCACAGCGGGCGUUCCCGGCCAGCUGGACGUGCUGAAGGAGUGCACGAUCUUCGUGGAUGUGCGCACGGACGACGGCGACGACGCUGGCGGUCUGUUUGUCGACAUGCUAAGGGGCAUGGGCGCAAGGAUACUGGCUCGCGUUGGCCAGACGUGCACACACAUCGUGUACAAGAACGGGCUCAUGAGUACGCUCACGCGAUACAGGCUUCUCAAGGAACGGCGGCCCCUCGUUGUCGGUAUUGCGUGGGUUGUAGAAUGCGCCGAGCAGAGGAUGCAUGUCGACGAGACCCGUUUUCUGAUCAAUCUUGAUGAGGAGAACGUCGCCGGUGUGAACAAGCUUUCGUCUGGAGGCGAUGAGGAUGCUGCGGAUCGCAUACGGGCCCCAUCAAGACCUCCCGACGAGCCUGGUGAGAUGAACCUGCCUGUUCAUAGCCAGGUCGCUGAGAAUGGUAUAGGUGCCAGCGACACGCAAACGCCGCGUUCUGAAGUAACGAGCCUUCUUCCUCUCGAGAAAGCCCGACGGCGACGAAGCACCCUUCUUGGGCCAUAA